CGCAGACAGUAUGACGCGCUGGCUCCGGACCGGCGCGACCUUGUUGUUCGGAGCGGGCAUCGGAGCCUCAGUGAGCCGCCUGCUGAGCGUCAGAGGCCGGGCAGAGGAGGAGGAGACACCCGGUACUCUGUCGGGUCUGCUGAACAGAGUCCCGGUGGUCCCGGUCCCAAGAGUCCAGGCCUCCGAGCUGACGGUGAGUCCAGGUGGGUCAGGAGCAGUGAUGAAGUACGGCUUCCCCUCACUGGCCAAUAUCAAAACCAGAGAGUCCUACGUCACCUCGUACGACCCACGCACACGCACUGCAUCCUGGGUAAUAGAGAGGCUAAACCCUGCCUCCCUGAAUGGCCCAUCAGACAGGAAGUACUGCAACUUCAAAGAGGAUGACAGUGUGCACGUGUUUCACAGGUCAACCAAUGCAGACUUCAGGGGAAGUGGCUUCGACAGAGGUCACCUGGCAGCUGCAGCCAAUCACAAGUGGAGUCAGAAAGCAAUGGAAGACACCUUCUACUUGAGCAACGUGGCACCACAGAACCCUCACCUGAACCGGAACACUUGGAACCAUCUGGAGCAGCUGAGUCGCUCCCUCACCAAACGUUACCUCAACGUCUACGUCUGCACCGGCCCGCUCUACCUGCCCAGGCAGGAGGCUGAUGGGAAACUCUACGUCAGGUAUCAGGUUCUAGGACAGAACCACGUCGCCGUGCCAACACACUUCUUCAAGGUGCUGAUCCUGGAGCAGGUCGACGGCAGGGGGGUGGAGCUUCGCUCGUAUGUUUUACCCAACGAGCCAAUCGAUGAGAAGGUUCCUCUGGACCACUUCCUGGUUCCCAUAGAAACCAUUGAGAGAGCCUCAGGACUCCAGUUUGUCCCAAACAUCAUGAAGAGGACGAGCAGCCUGCAGGCCAUCACAGCAAGGUGAACUACCCACAAUGCACUGCACAUGGACUCAUCAUGAAGAGGACGAGCAGCCUGCAGGCCAUCACAGCAAGGUGAACUACCCACAAUGCACUGCACAUGGACUCAUCAUGAAGAGGACGAGCAGCCUGCAGGCCAUCACAGCAAGGUGAACUACCCACAAUGCACUGCACAUGGACUCAUGAAGAGGACCAGCAGCCUGUCACCUCCAGGUGAAUUACCCACAAUGCACUGCACAUGGACUCGUCAUGUGAUCACCUGUCUGUAUCAAUCUGAAUGUUUGUAGAGAAAUAUUUUAUGAUUAAAGAUUAUUAAUAAACAUGUUAAAUAUUUAAUAUCUAAAACUUACUCGGUCUUUAAUGUCUGUAAAUAUAUUAAUGCAAACAUCCA